ACAUAUUUAAGGAAGAGUUGUGAGGCAGGACAUUUGAUUUUUUAAAAUUUCAUCAAAAUGACAUCGGCUUGGUUCAUCCUGGCUGCGGUCUCUUUCUUUCACUUUCUUUUCUGCUCAGGAUUGCCUGUGUUUCCUCUGGACCAGCCUGUUGCUGAGGAAGCUCUGAAUGCUUCUAUUGCUCAGGUGAAUCUGCUAUCAAGAGAUCCCAACAUAUAUGGAAUAACCCACAGCUUUAUUAAAAAAGUUAUUCCUGUGGAGGAGAAUGCUUAUGAUAUGAUUUUGAAUUUCAACAUUCGAGAAACAGUCUGUCUUAAAGAAUCUGGAAAGGACUCUGAUGUUUGUGAUUUUGAAAUGGGACGCUUUGCACACACUGCAACCUGUUCAAGCCGUGUGCACUUUAGAGAUGAUCAGAUCGACAACGUUUCUGUGAGGUGUAGCAGCAGCUCCAGCUCCAGCUCAAGUUCUGAAUCAAUGAGCGACAGCAGUGAGGAGCUGAUGUCCCGGCACCUGAAUGGCAGACACCAGUACAGUAACAGAGGCAGAAAUCCUCUUCUAAACCUGGGAGAGAGAACUGCGGGCCGGCCACAUGGCAGGCCAAGGACAUACUUGCCAGAGUUUUUAGAAUAAUGAAGUAGCAGGCUUCUACAAGCACAACAUGUGAAAUCCAGGAGCUAAGUGGAACCGUCCUGUUGGGAAUUUACAUUGCUCGUCAACACCAACCACACUCUUAAAACCAGUUUUCAUUUUUCCCCAUUUUGUCGCUGGCAUUCAAGUGAAAAAAUAAAUAAAUAAACCUGCAAUGAAAGAAAAA